CUAAGCCUUAUAAGUAUCUCAAGAUUCACACAGAUUUUUUUGUUUUUACAAUUCUUAUUUGUAAUAUAUUUUGCCUACUGCUAUAUACUUAAAUUGUUGCUAAACUCAUAGAUAUUCUGCUUCUGUAUUUCUAUUAAAUUACUAAAUACAUUUGACAGCGAAUUCCCACCCCCACUUGAAUUUUUUCACAACGUCAAUCAACCUUGCUAUGCAAAACAGAGCAACUUGUCUUACUGCUGAUUGGCUGUGUGUCUCCCAGAGCGCGAUGUGAUUGGACGGCGCCCCUGUCGUGUAACUGGUUCCACCAUCAGGUUUCGUGGCGCAGAGGAUUGAGGCUCAUUCUCUUACUCUCUCACUCGCGGCAGCACGAGUCCGGAGGAUGGAGGCGAUUGACGCGAUGGUUGGUGAAGGGAGGAGAGCCUAUGGUUCAAUAGGUCAUAUCUGAGCAGGACAUUUUCACCUUCAGAAUGAAAAUUGAGCGCUUCCAGUUCAACCACUGCUGAAACGGCACGACACAAAUCCUGCACUUCACGAGCGAAAAAGACUCAUGUCAUCAGAAAUUAUACAGCACAUGGAGAGUGACUUUUAUGACUUUGAGAUGAACUGCGGUCUGCUGCUGCUUCAGACAGAUGAUGCAUCCUCCAGCUAUUUACUGUUUCGAUGAAGCAUCUUCCAGCUAUAUGGUAUAAUGAUAAAAGAUUUCACUGGAACAUGCAGAAGAGUGUCAGGGAGCAUUCAAAGACCUGCUACAAAAUCCCACAGCUUUCAUAUGAAGAGAAGACCGCUCUGACAGCUGACGUCAUGGGGUUCUGCAUUUCUGCCUAAGGUACCAUCGCUAAUGGCUGCGAGGCCGUUCGAGAUCUAUAGAUCCAAGUCCACGUAAAUGCCUCACAAUGCCUUCAAAAGUAUCAUGCCUCUACGUGUUGACAGUCGUUUGUUGGGCCAGCGCUCUGUGGUACCUAAGUAUAUCCCGUCCCACAUCGUCCUACGUGAGCCAACUGUCCGUCCCGGCGCAUAAAACGGUGAAAGCACUCAAGAGCAACGCCACCACAACCUUCAGCAACAUCCGCACACGUCCACUGAACCCCCACGCCUUCGAUUUUAUCAUCAAUGAGCCCAAGAAAUGCGAAAUCAAUGUGCCCUUCCUCGUCAUCCUCAUCACGACCACACACAAAGAGUUUGACGCCCGCCAAGCCAUCAGGGAAACAUGGGGCGAUGAAAGCACCUUCAGCGACCUUAGUAUCGUUACACUGUUUCUUCUGGGACGCAGUACAGAUGCGGUGCUCAACCAGAUGGUGGAGCAAGAGAGCGAGAUCUUUCACGACAUCGUAGUCGAGGACUUCAUCGAUUCGUACCACAAUCUUACUCUCAAAACGCUGAUGGGAAUGCGCUGGGUGGCCACUUUCUGCAACCAAGCCAAGUAUGUGAUGAAAACGGACAGUGAUAUCUUUGUGAACAUGGACAACUUGGUGUAUAAGCUCUUGAAGCCAGCCACCAAACCCCGACGGAGGUACUUCACGGGAUACGUCAUCAACGGCGGACCCAUUCGGGACAUGCGCAGCAAGUGGUACAUGCCCAGAGACCUUUACCCUGAGAGCAAGUACCCGCCAUUUUGCUCCGGCACUGGGUAUGUUUUCUCGGCGGACGUUGCGGAGCUCAUUUACAAGACGUCCUUGCACACCAGACUCUUGCAUCUGGAGGACGUUUACGUCGGGGUGUGUUUAAGGAAGCUGGGCAUUCAUCCGUAUCAGAACAGUGGCUUCAAUCAUUGGAAAAUGGCCUACAGUCUUUGCAGGUACCGUCGAGUCAUUACCGUACACCAGAUCUCCCCUGAGGAGAUGCAUCGUAUCUGGAAUGACAUGACCAGCAAGAAGCAUCUCAAGUGUUAGUGGGAGCUGCCUGAGGAUGUGUAUUUGUGCCCUUUUUUAAAAAUCCCCAUGAUGCACAGAUGCGACAUGGAGCCUCGGGACAAACUGUAGUUCUUUCUUAGAAACACUUACAUCCUUCUAGGGCAUUUCAAACCACGCCGAGCCUAUUGUUUUAGAAUCGGGUGGGGAAUGUGCUAUUCGUGUUAAUAUUAUAACUGUGCCAGUCUGUCUGGUUCAACAUGCUGGAGUUUCUUUUGGUUCGGGUGCACAACAUUUUGCAUUUUCUUUGCACAUUAUUCUGGUUGUACAAACGAAAGUACCAUUGCUUUGUUUACUAUUAUGUGAAAGCACCUGCAUUGUUUUACACGUUCAGAAAAUGUAUUUUCUUGAAAAAGAUAACGCGAUGUAUAGUUCCUUAUUUAUAAGUAUAAAAAUUAUUUUCUUACUCCUAGAAGUUAAACUCCAUUGCUUCAGAACAGCUCAUGUUUGUAGCUAUGCUGUAAAUCUGUAUAACUAAAGUCAUUAACGCUUGGUAUCAAGUAUCAUUUAGUGAGUAUUUACUGUACAUUGUCAAACCUGUACAAACAUUGUGUAAGGAUGGCAGUGUAAAUGUGGAAUAUAAUGAAAUUCUAAAUUCUCUCGAAUUUGAUUUCAUUGAGGCCAAAAUGUGGUUCAUGUGUUUCCCUUUUUGAAUUGUCUGGAGUAACUGAGGGGAUGUGACAUUUAACUGUGAAAACAAAAAUGAACAUAUUAUCCCCAGCCGGUACUAUUGUAUUAUACUGUAUAUUUUUCACAUAAAAAUAUAUAACAAUGUUCUUUUUUUUUUAAAGUGUUCUUUUUGUUUUUAUGUUUUGCUCAUUUAUAUUCAAGAUUCUA